AUGAAGAAUAAAUACACACCUGUUUCAGACUCUGAAGAGUCUUCGAAAACGCUCACUGAUGAAAAGGCAGACACCCGUUCUUCAGAGGGUACUCCCCCUCCGUAUUCAGCUUCAAACAAAUUUAUCGAUUUAGAAAUGGCUGACGGAUCCGCUCAGAAUUCCGCCGAAUUAUCCGAAAAUAAUAUUAGGUCUGACCCUUCGCCAAAUAAACAGUGGUGGAAAACACCUGUCAUAGGAACAGUGACCAUUAUAACUAUUAUAUAUAAUAUUGUAUUUAUAGCCAUAGUUUUUGGUUACAACGUUUCUCUGUAUUCGAACACUUUUUAUGGUCUUGCUGGCAGCUCUAUUGGAUCUAUUUGUACUUCUCUCCUUGCAAUUCUUUAUAUCUGUCCGGAAUGGUACAGGGAAGCUGGAAGAGCAACAAAGAAGUGCAUUAAGAAAUUCACACCAGCUGUAUGUAAAGCGCUAAUUACCCUGAUAAGUUUGAAUGGAGUCAGGGGGUAUGUUUUGAAAUUAGCAGGAGGCUUCGAAUAUAUACAUUCAGCCAUGGUGUUGGUUGUUUUGGCCGUAUUGAACAUAUGCUUGUUUGUUCUUCUCAUUCGUAAGUUGCAAUUUUCUAUGAACCUUUCUAACCUCUUUAGGAAACCCAAAUUGGAUUUGGAAAUAUGA